AUGUCUUCUAACAACACUACCCCCGAGCGUAACGAUCGCAAAGGUUCCCUCACACACCUUCAGGCGAAGCAGCUGGCAGAGGCUGCUAAAGGAGACACUCCUACACCCGAACCCGAGACCAAGCCCGCGAAGGGCACCCGUGGGAAGAAGAAAACAAAGUCCAAGGUCACAGAGCCCAAGAAGAACGACAAGAAGACUCCUCCCAAGAAUGCUGGCAAGAAACGCAAGUCUUCGCAAGGAGAGGAUGGCGGGGAUACCGAUAAGACACUAGGCCUCUAUGAGGAGGAGGUUGAGGACACGCCUUCGCCGGAGAAGAAGCAGAAGAUCACAGAUGAAGAUGGUAAGAAGAAACAGGCAGCAAAGCCCAAGCCCGCAAAGGGUGGCCAGAAGGGUGGGAAGAAGGUUGAGAAGGUGACCACUUCUCCAGCAUCCCCUCCACCCACCGCUGCACUCACACCUGUCGACCUAGACCAGAUCACUCGGGCGGUUCAAGACGCUAUCCGUCCUCAUCUCGGCCUUUUGGACCCAGAUGUUCAUCCCUCUCUGAUUGCGACGCAGGUCAAUCAGGGCAUGCACGCUGCCAUCCAGCCAUACCUUGCGAUCAUCGAGCCUUUCAUGAGAUUCCAGCGUCUCUACGCUAAGCUCGGAGAGAACGUGGGUGUUGAUGCUGAUGCAAAGAUCACGCAGGUCAAGGACAUCAUUGUUAGAUUGCAGAAGGAGCCUGGGAAGGCUGAGAAGAAGGAGGGUGCUGGUUUGGAUGAUGAUUGGGAGUGUGAGAAGGAGGUUUUCGAUCUUGUGAAUCCUACACAGCCAAGAACAAGAAGGUAG